AUGUCACAGGACUCACAAGGCCAGAAGCCGAAAUGGGCCAUGGGCAAUUUCUUCCAACAGGCUGUGGCAGGUGUUGAAUCGCGAUUGGACAAUAUCCUGAUGGAUGAGGAGGAGAGAGCAAAGAAUGGACUACCAAAGCCUAAAGAGGGCGAAACUGUCGCACCACAACCGCCAAUCUCACGAUCUCCUGCUGGCUCAAUCUCGCGCAGCUCUUCCAAUGCACGCAGAAAUGACCGACUCCAGGAGCGCCUGGCACGAGCUGUGUGGGUUGUCAUCGCCGAAUGCAAGCCCUCGCCGAGCACCGAUGGACGUCCAAGCUUGGAGAUCGACGCAAACAUUGCAUCUUCCGCCGAAGUCGCCGAGGGGCUCAAAAGCUCCUCAAUUGUAGAAGAGGCUGUCGAAGAAGGAGAAUCAGCGCUGAAUGUUAGCUCCGAAGUAGAGCCGUCUACACGCGAGUCCAUAGAUGGCGGUGCUGCGGAGACUCUGCCGCGACCUUCUGGCGAUACCGGGGGGCGCCCCUCGAUUUCAGACAUCGCCGAUGAACGAACCGCGAUUACGGAAGAGGCUGAGGCUCCAAACAACCGUGCAUCCGUGGAAAGUCCACGCCCCAGUAUAGAUGCCCUGUCAGAAAUACGCACCGGCGACGGUACACCUGAGUCCCAGCGGCAAGAAGAAAUUCAUGGAUAUAUUGAACGCAUCGAUGCAUUGCAGUCAAAGCUCAAAUACUUGGCCAAAGAAGCUGCCGAAUCUGCUAAGAGUGCAGCUGCGUCUGCUUCUCCUGGCAGUGUCGAAAAGCAACUUCUGGAAAAGGAUGAGAAAAUUGCCUUACUUCUGGAAGAGGGCCAAAAGCUUUCCAAGUCCGAAAUGGACCACCGAACUGUUGUCAGGAAGUUGCGUCAGCAGCUGACCGAUAAUACUAAAGCUCAGACAGAAACCAAGAAAAAAUCCGAGAAGAUGGAAAGGGACCUGGCUAGUUCAGAAGCGAAGGCGAAACGAGCCGAGGCCGCCGAGAAGAGAGCUAAUGACUCGCUGUCUUCGCAAACCAAAGUGGCCAAGGACCUUGAAGCUGUUACGAACGAACGCAAUGCACUCAGUCAAACUGUGCAAGAAAUGAAGGCACAGCUGAGCCGUGCUGUCUCACGCGCGGAAACGGCCGAGUCUAAGGCCCAGUCAGAUGCGUUGGAGCAAGAAAGACGUCGAGCCGACGACCUCGAGGAGGAACUUUCAACUAUCAAAAUUGAGCGGGACAUCAGCGAAGAAAAGACGAAGAAGGAGAUUGGCAGCUUGAAAGCAGAGGCAGAACAGGAGAAGGAGCGUGCGCGUAUGCUGGAGGCCGAGCUGAAGGGCGAACAAUCUGUUUUGGAGAGCAAGAUGGAGAGUCUCCGCUCACGCGCAGAAGAGGCCUCAUCCGGUGCAACUGGAGAGACCCAAGCCAAGCUCCUACGGCAAAUCGAGACGCUCCAGACCCAAUAUUCUGUCGCUAGUGAAAACUGGCACACCCUUGAGGGAUCCCUGCUCGCCCGACUGGCCAGUGUAGAGAAAGAACGCGACGAUGUGUCACGGAGAGAAGCUGACCUGCGAAAGAAGAUUCGGGACCUAAACUUAAAGACCAAGAAACUGGAGGAAGAUAUGGAAACAGCCAAAGAGAACGAACAAGAUCUCGAGAGCAAACUAGACGAGCGCAUGGAAGAGUUGCAGAAACUGCAACAGAAGCUGGAGAAAACAGCCGAUGAUCUUUCGUCUAGUCAGAAAGAUCUCUCCGAGCAAAAGAAGAUUUCAGAUGCGACAUGGGCACAAAAGCUCGAGGAAGAACGUGCCAGAUGGCGAGAACAGGUCAACAGUUUGCAACAGCCUCGAGGCAUCUCACCCGUUCCAUCUACACGGCGCUCGAGCAAUCUUGAUGCAGUGCCAUCUGGUCUGUUAGACUACCGCCCAACUAGCCGCCGCUCUUCAACAAUCCCAUCCGCAGCCUCUCCAGAUAUCGGCACACCCCCGCGCCAAAACUCCUACCCAGCCUCAAUCAACCAGGGUGUACUUUCCCCUCCUCUAAUCAACACCUCGCUGAACACACCAUCCAUGAUCAUGGAAACACCCUCAAUUCAAUUCGAGCCCGAUGAGUACUUUACCGGAGAACCUGCUACUCCCUCCGCAUACGGCGGCACGCAAGCCGCCGCAUCGCGCGGUAUCAACGACAUCAUAUCUGAGUCCACCGUGGGUGCCGGCCCAUCUGUCCAAUUGGUAGAGCGCAUGAGCGCAACAGUCCGCCGGCUGGAAAGUGAGCGCGCCGGGUCCAAGGACGAGCUUCUACGUGUCACCACUCAACGCGAUGAAGCUCGGCAGCAGGUCGUUGACCUUAUGCGCGAGCUUGAAGAAAAGCAAACUUCUGAUACUCGGGUCGAAGAACUUGAGGGCAAGCUUGCUGAAAUCGACCAGCGCUACCUGACCACUCUUGAGAUGCUCGGCGAGAAGAGCGAGCAGGUCGAGGAGCUUCAGGCCGAUAUUUCUGAUCUGAAGAAGAUUUAUCGCGAGCUGGUUGAUAGUACUAUGAAAUAG